AUGACUUCGUUUUUGGUUCAUAUUGUUGCUGCUUGGUUUGCUUUCUUGCUCCCCGCUUUUGCGACCUUCAAGUCUGUUUCUCAUCGCCCGGUUUCUGAGCCAGAACUUGAACGCUGGGCCAAGUACUGGUGUGUCAUUGGCAUCAUCGUCGCCUUCGAGUAUUUAGGAGAGUUCCUCAUUAAUUGGCUUCCGUUUUACGAUGAAAUCAAAAUCCUGUUCUUGCUCUUCCUCGCUUUGCCACAGACGCAAGGUUCUACCUACGUGUUCGACACCUUUUUAAGCCCAUGGCUCUCUCAGCAUGAAGCCGCUCUCGAUGCUGAUAUCUUGGCCAUUCAACGCAAUGUGCUUUCUUUUGCCCAAGCUCGUCUGGGCCGUGUUUGGGAACUCAUCUCUGCGGCUGUGAACAAGAAUGCUGCCACCGGUCAACAGGCAGCAGGAGCUCCUGGCCAAAGUCCCGCUCCCGGUAUCAAUCUCCAACAAGCCUUGGGUCUUUUCCGCACUGUGGUACCCUCUUUGGCCAGUGCUUUUAAUCAACCUGCUUCCACUCCUCCGUCUGCCGCCACCACACCUGCAGCCGAAGUGCCUAACGCCGCUCCGCGUUCAUCAGUUCUGGUCGAUGCGUGA